AUGUAAAAAGUAGAUUACAUCUUUAAGAUUGUAUUAAUAGGAUCCUAGAAUGUCGGCAAAUCUUCUCUUAUGGCCAGAUUCAUAGAUCAAGUUUUUAAUGAUAGUUAUUUGUCCACAGUUGGGGUUGACUUUAGAAUCAAAACCCUUUCCAUCCAUGAUAAAACUAUUAAAAUGCAAAUCUGGGACACAGCUGGAUAAGAACGCUUUCAAGCUUUAACGCAAUCUCACUACAAAGGAGCUCAUGGUUGUAUUGCUGUAUUUGAUGUUACAAAUGAAAGAUCUUUUGAGGAUGCCAAGAAGUUCUUAAAAUUAGUAAUUGAAGAACAUGGCUUGAUUCCUGAAGCAUGCUAUUUAAUCGCAAAUAAGGUUGAUUUAGUCAAUAAAAGAGUGAUCCUUGGUAAGAAUGGCAAUGAUUUUGCACAUGAAAUAGGUGUCAAUUAUUUGGAAACAUCUGCUAAAACUGGUGACAAUGUCAAUUAAUUGUUUUUGGAUUUGGGCAAAAUUAUCUUAAAUUUGGUAGAUUAGAAACGUACGAUUGCGCAGCCUCCUGAAAACGAUACUAGAUUAAGGACAUUAGAUACAUAAAAAAUAGAGUAGGAAUAAGGUUGUAAGUGCUGA